AUGAAACUGGACUAUUCCGAGGACGGAUAUGUCAAGAUAGACAUGAGGGACUACGUCGAGGAGAUCCUGUCAGAGGCCCCAGAGGACAUGCACGGCGAGAGCGUCACACCAGCUGCAGCACACCUCUUCCAAGUCAAUCACGAAAACCCGAUCAAGCUGCCAGAGGAACAAGCGCAGUUCUAUCACCACAUCGUCGCGAAGAGUCUAUUCCUGUCCAAAAGGGGAAGGCCAGACAUUCAAACAGCCGUAGCAUUCCUAUCCACUCGAGUGAAAAGUCCCGAUGAAGACGACUACAAGAAACUGUGCCGUAUGAUACGGUAUCUACGCGCAACAAACCAAUUGGUACACAGGCUGAGUGCCGACAAUACGCAGCUCCUCAAAUGGUGGGUUGAUGGAUCCUAUGCUGUCCAUCCCGACAUGAAGAGCCACACAGGAGCAGCCCUUAGCCUUGGCACUGGUGUCGCUUGUGGGGCAUCCACACGACAAAAACUGAACACUCGCAGUUCCACUGAGGCUGAAUUGGUGGCAGUCGACGACCUGAUGCCACAGGUCCUAUGGACUCGACGAUUCCUAGAAUCACAAGGAUACGAUAUUUGUGACAAUAUCGUUUACCAAGAUAAUCAGAGUGCCAUCCUACUGGAGAAAAAUGCGAAAGCAUCCAGUGGAAAGCGCACGAAACACAUUGACAUCCGGUAUUUCUUCGUUACCGACAGAAUCCGCAAGGGAGAUGUCACCAUCGAGUAUUGUCCUACAGCUAAGAUGGUGGCAGACUUCUUUACGAAGCCAUUACAGGGAAGUCUGUUCAUUAAGAUGCGCGACUUCAUCCUCGGAACCACAACAACCUUUGAUGGCUGA